UAAAGUUGGCAGCACCGUCAGGGUGACAGCUCUAAAAUACAGAUGAUUUCGAACAAAAAAAACAAGCUGCAGGGCGUAAAGUUAUUUGUGGUUGAAAUUAUUAAACUGGGACUGUUUGUCCGAGCUUUCAGCAUGGCCUGGCGUUCCGUUGGAGCUAGCAAUGAGGAUCUUAUACGCCAACUCAAAGAGUACGGCGUCAUUGGAUCGGACGCGGUGGCAAAGGCAAUGAUUGACACGGAUCGAAAGCACUACUCUCCACGUAACCCCUACAUGGAUGCGCCUCAACCAAUUGGCGGCGGAGUCACUAUUAGCGCACCGCAUAUGCACGCCUUUGCAUUGGAAUAUUUGCGCGAUCAUUUGAAGCCCGGUGCGCAUGUACUGGACGUGGGCUCUGGUUCUGGUUACCUAACCGCCUGCUUCUAUCGCUACAUCAAGUCGAUGGGGGCGAGCGACUUGACACCACAUGCAGACACCUGCAUUGUGGGUAUCGAGCACCAGGCUGCAUUAGUUCAAAUGAGCAAGGCCAAUUUGAAUUCCGAUGAUCGCAGCAUGCUCGACUCUGGAACUUUGAAAAUUGUACAGGGCGAUGGACGCAAAGGAUACCCGGCACAUGCGCCCUACAACGCCAUACAUGUGGGAGCCGCUGCUCCCGAUACGCCCACCGAACUCCUCAAUCAACUGGCCAACGGCGGACGCCUAAUAGUGCCAGUUGGGCCCGAGGGCGGCUCGCAGUACAUGCAGCAAUACGACAAGGACAAAAAUGGAAAAGUAGAGAUGAAGCGUCUCAUGGGUGUGAUGUAUGUACCUCUUACGGAUUUACGCUCUUGAUGCCAUAAACUGGGACAGGUGCUAAUCGUUGUGCUGCUGGUUGGCAUAGUUAUCUAUCAAAUUUGGGAAUUUUUUCGCUAGUUGAAUUAUUUGGUCAGCAGGCAGCAAGAGGAACGGUAUCCAAAAUGAAUCUACAUAUACAACCCUACAAAAUAUCAAGUCCUCUUUUUAAGUUGAAUUAAUAUAAAUUAUUUGUCUACAUAGAUACAUAUUAUACGGAGCAUAAUUACGUUAAUUAAAAUAAUCCUAUUCGGCUUUUAAGUCCCGAGCUUAACAAAGUUA